GCAAAUUUUUUGACAAAUUAGCAGUACGCGAGUAUCUAAUAGAACCAUGUAAUGUCUUUUUCAAUCGGUAUUGAAAAAAUGAGGGGGAAAUGAAACAUUGUACGCAUUUAAAUGUAUGAAGAAAACAACUACCAAAAAACUUUAGCUCAGCGCUCAAACCCAAAAUCCAAAAAAAACCCCUCAAAGUUCACAAUGUCAUUAAUACAUGACAUGUAUUUUGUCAAACCUAAUGGAAACUUGGAAAUCACAGGUCACAUUAUAUGUUACUAAGUUUGCAAAUUCAAGGCUAUUUUAGCAGCAUUUUAAUGCAAAGAUAAUCUUAACAGCUUUUUGUUUGUACCAAGAACUGAUUUCAAGAAUGGAGGAGGAGGAUGGGGGAAGAAGAAGCUUGUAGUGUCAUCUCCUACAAGCGUGGAGAUCCCUUUGGAAGCGAGUGUGGAGAUUUUUUUUUGGUGAAAAUAUGCUUUUUUGAAUUACAGAAGGGUUUUUUCCAUAGAAUUUUUGGUAAAGAUUGCUUUUAUAUGUGGUUAAAGGGGUUUGUUUGGAGGAAUUUUGAGAACAGAUUGUAAUGUGAUUGGGUUUUUUUGGGUGGGCAAGAAAUUUUGAGGAAAGAUUGGAUUCUAAUGAGCUGGAAGGGCUUUGUGGGUAGGUAUUUGGAGGAAUUGUCGCGUUUUGUUCAGUUGAAGGGCUUUUUUCCAGAGAAAAAUCGGAGAGGAUUGCAUUUUUAUCAGAUGAAAUGGAUUUUUUUGGGAAGAAAUUUUGCGUUUGGAUAAGGACUAAGGAAAAUUGCAGGCCUGAAAAUACUGGAGACUUGAGAGAUUUGAAAUGGAUAAAUCAUGCUAGUGAACGAAAGGUGGUGGAAUGACUGGAGAGUGUAGGGUAAAUAAUGGUUUGCACAAGUCAAGAAAAGAAUUAGUGACGGAAGAAGAUGGCGAAAGAAGAGGGGCAAAGAGGGCGGAAAAAUGGGGGAGAGGAGUGAAAGAAUUGAGAAAGAAGACAAACGACAGGAGCAAUCUGGAUAGCAUUUAGGACUCUGAUUGGAUGUUUAGGGUAAGAAAUGAAAAGUCAGGGAAAGGAGUGGGAAAACAGUGAAGAUGAGGGAGAAGUAGGUUGAAUUCGUGUCUGGUCUGUUGCAUAGAAAUGAUUGACUAGCUGAUCACUAGCUGAUCUCAGUUAGAUUUUUGGAAAAUAUGCGGUGUAGAGCAAACUCUCAUACGGCCAAGCUCACUGGUGGGUCGUCUGAUGCAAUACUGACAAUGCAGAUGAGAAAGGAGGAGAGCGGGAAAAUUUCUGAGGCAGAGUUAUCACGGGUUCGUGGAUGUAAAAGAAAAUGUGCAGAGGAAGCAAAUGAAUUGAUCAGGGCUGUAAUUAAUUCAGAAAUGUUGAGUGUUAGCUCUGAAGACAGCUUAGAAAGCUCCAGCGAGGAACAUAACAAUUUUACGUCUGUUUCUCCCAGAGAAGAGGAUUCACAAAUUUUGUCAGACAACACAGGCACAUCGGAUAUCUUACUGGAAGGAUGUAAUAGAAGUAGGGGCCUUUCAAGUGCUGGAAUAGGAGGCAAAAACUGUAAUGCUUCUCAGAGUAUUGAAGUUUCCAUGCUAAGGGAUAAAAAUGUUAGUCAGAGGAUUGGUUCAACAGGGACAACUUUGAAGAAGAGAAAAACUAAUGCGGGAAAAGCUGUUUUCAGCGACCCUGGUGUUUCUGAAUCUAGCAGAAGUAUAUGCAGUCGUGCUAGAAUGUCAAAGAAAUCAAAGGCUAUGGAAAAUGCACCAGAAAAAAAUAAUUCACUGCAAGAUCAUGGAAGGGAAUGUAAUGUGGAGAUUCAGUCUGCUUCACAGCAUUUUGCAGCUGUUGAAAAUCUGGAUGCUUCUGAUCAACAGGAUUCUCUCCAGGAAAGUGGGAAGUCAGAUAAAUCAUAUGCAAAUAAGAUUCCCAAUUCCAAAAAGAAUGGGUCUGGCUCCCAUGAAAACCAUGUCGUUUCUGAUGAAAUCCGUACUGAUUUGAAUGAAUUGAAGGGGAAGCAAUGCCUUGAUGGUCUUGUUCAAGGAGAGCAGAAUAGGAUAAUUGAUGGUAAGGUCCAAGUAAGCCAUUCAUAUCAGGAGGAUACAGAGGAUAGCUGUCAAUCUGCAGUUUUGGCAAAGAAAAAUAACCAGAAAAUGACAAAUCCCAUUGCUCAAUCUCCUGACGGGGGAAUGCUCUUAAGCCGAUUUGUACUUCCCCAUACUCAAGAAAUUAAAGUUUAUGAGCUCAAUGCCGAUAAUAGCAACAAAAAUUCAGGGCAUAGAAGUUGCUCUUUGGCUGCAUCCACAAAACCAGGGGAAAUCUUAGGACACAAUGGACAUGGAAGUUCAGAAGAGCUGAAGGAGAGGGCCAUUACUCUAAGUCCAGAAACUAAUUUAAGUGAUGGUAAUGUUGCCAGAGAUAAAACAUUGGAUGACAAGGAUAGGGAUAAAAACAUGUUGGGAAAUCGCAGGAGGCAUAGCUUACCAAUACUGUUGAAGAAAACAGAAACUCCGAAGCAAGUGCCACUAUCAGAGUUACGUAAGAAUCUCCGAGAGCGUGCAAAGGUACGUCUUCUGGCAGCUGGUUGGAAGAUUGAAUUGAAACCUAGGAUUGGUAGAGACUAUCAAGAUUCUGUGUAUGUUUCACCCUCGGGCUCAGCUUUCUGGUCCCUGCCAAAAGCAUGGAAUGCCUUGAGGAAGAGUUUGGUUGCAAAUGCGACAAAGAUUGGAAAAGCUCCCAACACAAAACAGUUGAAAGCUAACAAGAGGCCACUGGAGAGACGAAUGGAUUUUUGGUCUGAAUUGGAUGAAUCUUUGACACAGUUAGACAGUGGUGAGCAGAAUUCGAAUAUCUGUGCUGGUAAUCAGGUUAGUGAUGAUAAUCCCUUAAUGAGCAUGGUAUUUACAGAGGACCUUAGAUUAUUAAAAAAGCUUAAAAAGGAUAGACGGAUGGAAUGUGCAAUGCAGAAAGAUAUAGUCAACAUUGAUGAUCACAUUGAGCAUUCCAUGCAAGGAUGUAUAAAUGGACAUUCUUUUCCAUGCAUAGAAUCUCUGCAUUCUGGGAAACAAGAGAGUAUGAAUGAGAAGCUAUCAAAUUGUGGGGAAAGAGGGAAUAUGUGUGGAAUUACCAACCAAAGUGGCAUGUGCGAGAAGCAUCUAGAGACUAGGGAGCAUAGGAGUGUACAUGGGAAGGCAUGCCAUGUGGCUGGUCAGAGGUGCAUACAUGAGAUGCUAUUAUCUGCUGCCAAGGAAAGCAAUAUACCUGGAAAGAAAUCUAAUGUCCAAAAACAGAGCAGCACACAUGAGAAGCGGCCACGUGUUAGUAAGAAAAAGUGCAUGGAAGAGAAGCUUUUAAGUGCCAGGGAGCUACGGAGGGCAGACAAGAAGCUUCCUGAUAGUAACAAAAAGAAUCCCCAGAAGAAGCUCCCAAAUUCUGGAGAACUGAAGUUCACAGACAAUCAGCUUCCUGCUGCAGACCUUAAAAACAUGCAUGAGAAUUAUUGUGAUUCCUGUGAACAAAAUUUCAUACAUGAUAAGUUGUUGCAUGACUUAGACAAAAGGGACAUGCACAAUAAGCUGCCAUCUGUUACUUCUGAGAGGAGCAUCUGUGAAAAGGUGUUACAUGCUGGUGAUUUAGAGGACAAUUUUCCUGUGCAAAGGGAAAGAAAUGGGAAAGUUUUAGAACAAUCUACACAUGCAGAGUCAUGUUGUCAUGAACAUUGCAAAAAAAGCAUUUUGAAGGGAGAAAUCUCGGAGCAUGGAGAUGCUCAGCUAGCUUCAACCAAUACAUUGAAGAAUGAGAGGUCAGAAGAGGAGCAACAGUGCCUGGCAGAGAGUAAUUCAAAUGAACAAGAAGCGUGCAGAGAGUCUGAACACGAGGUUACCAUUGAGCGAGAGCUAAGUAGGCAAUUAAGUGAACUAGAGCUUGGUAAGAAUUCAAAUAGACUAAUAAGUCGGUCAGGAGGCAGACGGUUUGAUAAACAGAAAACAGGCAGAUUAGGAGGAUGCUCAACUAAUGAAAAAGUAGGCAUGAUGGCUAAAUACUGCAAUGACCCUGUAGCAAUUGAAGAGUGGAGUAAGGAGCAAUCAGGCAAAAUUUCAUUUGUAUCACAAAUAGGGAGAAAGUCUAAGUUAGGCUAUCCACGGGUUGGCACUUCUGGAAGAAAGUCUAAUGAAUUAAAGGCAAGCAAACCUGGAAGAAAGUCAAAAGAAUCACAAGUGGGUAGGCAGAUCAAUAAGUCACAAGUAGGAAAAUGUCCUAAAUGCUGCAUGGAACAUGGUGGUAUUGAGAAUGAAUCUAAAGCAAAAAGAGACACAGUUAUCAUAGAAGAUGACAAUGUUACACUAGCUUCAAUCUUAAAAAAUAGAAGACGCUCUUCAUGGGUCGCAGAGGGUUCAGGUGAUAUGUGUACUAAAAAAAAGAUUGUCAAUGGGAAAACCAUUUUUUCCCCAGGAGAAAAGAAUAAAAAUCGCAGAGGAGGAUGUGCUUUGUCAGUUCGCAGCUCUGGCAAAAGGGAUUCUCAUCCUAAAGGUCAAAGAGGUGCUUCAUCUACAAGCAAAAGGACUGUGCUCCGUUGGUUGAUAGAUGCUGGUAUUGUGUCCGAGGGUGAGCCGGUACAAUAUUUGAAUAAAAAUAGCAACAGGAUAGUGAAGCAUGGUUGGAUUACAAGGGAUGGGAUUCAUUGCAAGUGCUGUAAGAGGGUUCUAUCAGUAUCAAACUUUAAUACUCAUGCGGGUAGCCAAAUUAAAAGAGCCUUUUCAAACAUUUUUGUUCAGUCCGGCAAGUCACUUACAAUGUGUCAAAUUGAGGCAUGGUUUGCAGAAUACAAGAAUAGGAAAGGUGGCAUGCGUUUCAUAGAUGUUGACGAGAAUGAUCAAAAUGAUGAUGCUUGUGGAUUUUGUGGUGAUGGUGGUGAUUUAAUUUGCUGUGACAGAUGUCCUUCAACUUUCCACCAAGAUUGUUUGACACUAAAGGAUGUUCCUGAAGGGAACUGGUACUGUUCAAACUGCACGUGUGGAAUUUGUGGGGAAAUUGGUCAUGACGAAGAAAAAGAAAUUGUUUCAGAUUUACUAAUCUGUGAUCAAUGUGAACAUAAAUAUCACAAGAAGUGUCUACAUGAAAGAGCAAUCCAAGUUGGAGAGUCAAAUGAAACAGUUGCUGUGUUUUGUGGACAGGAUUGUAAGAUGGUUUCUGCAGGAUUGCAGCAGCUCCUUGGGAUUUCAAAUCCCAUUGAAGAAGGGCUUACAUGGACUCUCUUAAGAUCUAUCAACGAGGAUCAAAGGUUCUGCUCUCCUCAAAGCCUUGCACUGAUGGCAGAGUGUAAUUUAAAGCUGGCCGUAGCCCUUGCUGUCAUGGAGGAAUGUUUUGAACGAAUGGUGGACCCAAGGACAGGCAUAGAUAUGAUUCCUCAAGUCGUUUAUAGUUGGGGAUCAAAUUUCAGUCGCUUAAACUACCAAGGCUUUUACACUGUGGUGUUAGAGAGGGAAGAUGAUCUCAUUUCUGUUGCAUCAAUCAGGAUUCAUGGAGGACAUUUUGCAGAGAUGCCUCUUAUUGCAACUUGUGAACCAUAUAGACGUCAGGGCAUGUGCCGCCGCCUUGUUCACACAAUUGAGAAGAUGCUAAUAUCACUAAAUGUGAAAAAGCUGAUAUUAUCGGCGGUACCCGAACUUCUAGAGUAUUGGACGACAGUUUUUGGUUUUAAGCCAUUGGAAGAUUCACAAAAACAGUUAAUAAAAAAUAUGAACAUGAUGACAUUUCCGGGAACCACGUUAUUGCAAAAAUACAUCUUCAAACCAGAAAUCCAAUCGUGUGGUCCACCAGAUUGGAGCACAUCUGUCAAGGACAAUGCAUUGGCUCCUCAAGCACAGAGAUGUGAUGCCCAAAGUCCACAACUAAAGGAAUCAGAUACCAAUUCUGCCAUUUCUGUCUGGAGUAAUGUUGAAGAUGGCAGUACCUUGAUACAAACUCCACCUUCUAGAAUACUAGCUAAGGUAGACGAAUUGAAGAGUGAGCAUGGUUUAGAAAGUACAUUGAUAGAAGACAAUGAGAGAACACUGGGCUGUCAUGGGAUAGAUGUUUUGGAUUCUCAAACACAGGUAAACAAUGAAAUUUCAGCUCUGGAGAAGGUGUCUACUGAAUCUUUAUUUUGCAUCCCUAGUUAUAUAGCUGGUGGUGAUACCACAACAGAGAUCACACCCUGUAAGGUACUGAUUGAUGCCAAAAUGAGGAAAGACUGGAGAGGUUCCGACAAUGCACUGACAAAAUUGGAAUUAAUAUCAGCUGUACUUUCAAGCAAAACUGUUUCAGAUUCCCAGUUGCAGGGAGAUAGUGCAGAAGUGUCAAUGUUGGAGAAGACAAAGAUGGAAUAUGCACAUUACAACUCCGAUGACACAACUAUUACCAAUAAACUAGUGGAUACUUGUAUCUUGCCUAAGGAAAAUGAAAUGAAUAAGGAAAUAAAGAGAAGAUUUGAGAAAAGACCCUUAAGUUGCCUACAAAUUGAAGAAAUGUAUACUGAAACAUAUGGAAACAACAUGUUGAUAAGAGAGGAAGAAAGUUCAGUGGUUCAUUCAGACAGCUGUGUUUCUUUAACUUCUCAAAUGUGGAGUGAUAUUCCUGAAGCUCCAGCAUCGAACAAGAUAAGUUCUGAAUCUGCACAACUUGUCCCUAUAACUGAUAUGAACCCAGCAGCAGUUAGUAAUACAUUGCCUGAGGAAGAAGAAAUAUUGACAACCAAGAAAGAUAUAGAAAGAGCAUAUGGAGCAGAGGAAGAAAGAACCUCAAGUUGUCUGAAAGAUUUAGAAUUGGAUGCUCAAGCACAGGAAGAUGGAACUGAUAUUCCUGUGCUGCAGAAGUCAGUAACUGAAUCUGUAUUGUGUGUUCCUGAUGAUAUGAAUGGAGUUGAUAUGCUAAAAAUGAGUGGGACCUCAGGGAUGCCACCAAAUUCCGAAAUUAGAUUGGAGCAUGAUAAAGGGUCAGGGAGUAUAACAGCAUUAGAGGAAAAAAGAUUCAUGGUUCAACUGGUCAGUAUGAGAGCUGAUACACAGAAUUCAUCAGGUAUGGAUUUGGAAGGAAUGGUCUAUUCAGAAGAAGAAUCAGUAGAUAUGUUUGUUAAAGAGUUAUUGGAUUCUUGUUUGGAAAGACUUCACCUAGAACAAUGUAUCAAUGGCAUGGCAACAAUUAAAGAUACUGUAUCUGAUAGAGGCAGCACACAUCUUCACACCAUAGUCAAUUCUUGUGAAAACGAUAAUAAUUUGGAAGAAAGAAAUAUGAAUUCAUAAAUUCUCAAGUACAUAGACAAUACAAUGUCAAGGCAAAAUCGUGCAGAGCGACUACUAAAUGAUGUGCAUGGGAGAUAUGGGUUCUUCAGCUGAGUGGAAAAUGUCUACAAUAAACAUGAUGGGUUAUGACUAAGAAAAAAGAUAGAUUGAUGUCAUGCUGAGGAGUUAGGAAAGCCUUUUUUUGUUGUUUGCUGGAUAAGUGUUUCUUUGAUCCCUUUAUCAAAACCAAGCAUUUUUUUAUGAUGUCUCAGUCUGACCAGUUAUUUCCAUGACGUGAUCUGAUGGGUUUUGUAGAAGACUUGUCAGUUACAAGAGGUUAUGAAAGUAAACAUUCCUGUUGGGAUUAACUGAGAAGUGGAAUGCAGGGAAUGAUGGAAACAUGGUUGCUGUACAAGAGGAUUAUUAAUUGACAACUGUAAAUAGAAUGUAACCAGUUUUUUGCUUAUUAGAAAUGAAGAUCAAGAAUGGUGGCCAAGAAAGACAAGUAUGCAGAUUCAAAUCCAGAUGAAGAUGAUGCCUGUGAAGCCAUAGAAGAGUGAGACGAAUAAAAUGUGAAUAAAAAGGUGGUGGUGCAAGAAACAUGUAUGUAAUUGAAAAAUAGCCAAGGAUCGGAACGUCCUAGGCAGUAUGUAAUUUUAGAGUACCACAUUAUGUGGUCCACAGAUUUGUACUACAAUAUUUGGCCAUGAUAUAAAAUAUGAAAUGAUUUGCCUCA